AUGUUUUCUCUUGCAGUUGCACUACCUCAACAUGGACCGUAUCUAAGUCCAAGUUACCAAAGAUCUUCAAGGGUCAAAAGCGAGACUCAAUCUUAUCCGCAUAAUUCUGUUACACAAAGACUUCCAAAGGCUAAUCCUUGGGGUCGUUAUGGGGUUUCUCCUUGGACAUCACAUGGAACUUACAUGGAUAAAAACUAUCUCAAAAGUAUCUCAAAGAAGGGUGAUUUCCAUACCCAUAAAUCUCUAGCCAAUAAUAAAAACGCGGCAUCUCGGUUGUAUUGGAAACCACAACUAAGACACAGCAUGUUUUCUUUGUCAAAUGAAAGAACAAAGAAAACGAGUAUUCCUCAUACGGGAAGAUCGUUCAGACUUAGACCCACCAUUAAAAAGGCAACGCUUUCUCCAGAAUCACGUUGGACAAGAAACCAAGUAGACAGUAAAAAGAAGAAAAAACAGUUCAUAGUAGCAAACUGGGGUGGCUUAGGACUUGGAAAUGGUUAUGCACUUGGGUUAACAGGGACGCCAACGGCCACGUAUAGCGCGGGACUCGGAACGGGUUACGGGACGGGUCUGACUACAGGUCUUGCCUCUAAUUACGGCGCUGGGAUUGGAACUAUGCUUACAACCGGGACAAAUGCCUUGGGUUCAGAGGGAGUCUUAGAUACCCGGCAGAAUUUUGGCACAAACUACGGUACGAGCAACAGCCAAAGUUCUCUGGGAUUAAGCGACCUUUCUGCAGCAGGACUUAGCUCCUUGACAUCCCAAACGGGAGUAAAUUAUUUAUCGAAUUUAGCUGGAGGAGGAGAAACAUCCGAUUUAAAUUCUUUAAACUCCAUAAACCAAUACCAAAACAGUGAUUUGGAUAUCUUGGACAAUAAUAGGAAUUCAAAUACUGGAUUAGCCGGGCUUAACUCUUUCGAUGGAACUGCACAGAGUCAACAAUAUGCUGGGAACAAUAAUCUGCAAAACUCUUUGGAAGGGAAACUUACUGUGGGUGGUGGAGGAAGACAGGGAAUUGGAGGAUGUAAGUUCACAUAAUUUUUUCAUUAACUCCUUAGUCGUUUUGUGCAGUAAUUUAUGAAUCGGAACAGUAGAACAGAUAAAUUGCAAGAAAGGUAAAUCCGAGGCCAAAGUAGGCCCUACCUUUUGCACCAAUACAUUCUGCUGACUAGACCAAAGUGGUUUUCAAUGUGUCGUCCUUACUAAAAAUUAUGAUUAUUAUGAUAAUGAUAGAUUUUUACCACCCUAAUAGACCUUUUUAGCUUUUAGCAAGAGAGGAUAAAGGGGACAGAGAAGGCAUCCCCCAUACACACCCUAUUCUAUAGGUAAUUCGUCCCGAGAUAUUUUUAGAAUCGGAAUAAAGUUACCUCGCGCGCUGCGUGGAUGUUUCGUGGAGGUUUCACAUGACUAAACGCCGUGCAAAACAUGUCGGGCCAAAGGUAAUGAAAGCGUAAAGAGAUCGAGAGCAUUUCUGAAUAUUGAAGCGAAAUGAGUCGGCGCUCACCUGGGAAAAGGAAAUCGCUGGACUCCUUGACAACCCACGAAAUCAGUUUAACUGGAAGUUGUCGUAACCUCAGUGCCUUAAUAAAAUGAGAAAUUUCGCCGGUCUUUUGAAAAUGGUCGUUUGUACAAUAAAGCAAGUAGGACGCCAAGUAUUAUUUUUGCUGCAUAAUAAAAGACUAAUAAAAGAAUGAAUAUCAAACCAGAAAUUACUCUCUUCAGACUGUAAAUUAUAAAUGAUCGUCAGGGAAUAUUCAGUGUGUUAAGGAUUUCCCUGCUGUACUGUUAGCUCUAUACAAGAGAGGAAGGCUGAUUCUUUUAUAUUUUCGUUUCGCUGACACAGCGUUAGCAGAAAUCUCUCUGUAGUCGUUCUCGUCAACAAGAGGAAUAGCAAUAUCGCUCUCCGCAUCUUCCGCUAUUUUGUUCUGCGUCAAUUCGUGAAGGGCGCGUGGGUCUGAGCGUGGGUCAUCCACGCGGAACACAUUCGCGCUAUGUGACGGCUGUUGUCAAAUCCCCCUUGAGAUUUGCUGUUGUUGGUGUUGUGGUGUUAAAAAUAACUCGAGACGAAUUACCUAUGUAAUAGGGUGCCGGUAUGGGGGAUGCCUUCUCUGUCACCUUUAUCCUCUUUUGGCUUUUAGGUCAUUAUUUUCCUAGUUAAGACCACGUGANAUUAUGAUAAUGAUAGAUUUUUACCACCCUAAUAGACCUUUUUAGCUUUUAGCAAGAGAGGAUAAAGGGGACAGAGAAGGCAUCCCCCAUACACACCCUAUUCUAUAGGUAAUUCGUCCCGAGAUAUUUUUAGAAUCGGAAUAAAGUUACCUCGCGCGCUGCGUGGAUGUUUCGUGGAGGUUUCACAUGACUAAACGCCGUGCAAAACAUGUCGGGCCAAAGGUAAUGAAAGCGUAAAGAGAUCGAGAGCAUUUCUGAAUAUUGAAGCGAAAUGAGUCGGCGCUCACCUGGGAAAAGGAAAUCGCUGGACUCCUUGACAACCCACGAAAUCAGUUUAACUGGAAGUUGUCGUAACCUCAGUGCCUUAAUAAAAUGAGAAAUUUCGCCGGUCUUUUGAAAAUGGUCGUUUGUACAAUAAAGCAAGUAGGACGCCAAGUAUUAUUUUUGCUGCAUAAUAAAAGACUAAUAAAAGAAUGAAUAUCAAACCAGAAAUUACUCUCUUCAGACUGUAAAUUAUAAAUGAUCGUCAGGGAAUAUUCAGUGUGUUAAGGAUUUCCCUGCUGUACUGUUAGCUCUAUACAAGAGAGGAAGGCUGAUUCUUUUAUAUUUUCGUUUCGCUGACACAGCGUUAGCAGAAAUCUCUCUGUAGUCGUUCUCGUCAACAAGAGGAAUAGCAAUAUCGCUCUCCGCAUCUUCCGCUAUUUUGUUCUGCGUCAAUUCGUGAAGGGCGCGUGGGUCUGAGCGUGGGUCAUCCACGCGGAACACAUUCGCGCUAUGUGACGGCUGUUGUCAAAUCCCCCUUGAGAUUUGCUGUUGUUGGUGUUGUGGUGUUAAAAAUAACUCGAGACGAAUUACCUAUGUAAUAGGGUGCCGGUAUGGGGGAUGCCUUCUCUGUCACCUUUAUCCUCUUUUGGCUUUUAGGUCAUUAUUUUCCUAGUUAAGACCACGUGAUGUUCUUAAGAGAAGUUGCCCUUUUCAUUCGUUACGCACACAUAAUUAUGCUGGUGUGGAGCGCGUCAUUUAAAAGAAUCAAUUCUCUUGGGUAACGUCACAUGGUUUGCAAUGAACAGACAAGCUUAAAAGGUCCAUUAAAGGGUAUCGUCCCUUGAAAAACGCUAUGACUAAUUAGUUUGCACUCAAGGAUUUGGAACUUGACAACGUAUCUCAAUCUAGGAGCAACUCUGAGCAUUACAAAUUUCAUCGCUUUCAUAAAAGUUUCAGUAACUUUCUAUCUUAAGUAUAAUUUCAGGAAGGUGGCAUCAUUUUCAAUACUGAAACUUGUUAUUACAUUCAAACAGCAAUGGAUCUUGGCAUGGAUGGAUUAAAUGACCUUGGUGGAGGCAACAGCUUGUCUGAUAGCUCCCUGCAGCAGCUCAUAGGGCAAAUAAUGAACACUGGUGGAGGAGGAGGGGUAGGGGCUGGUGGAGGGAGAAUGGGAGGUGGAGGGGCACGUGUAAACGACAAUAGCGACAACAUGGAAGGGGACAUGGGAAAUCUUGACCUUGGAUCACUCGGGAUUAAUCUUGGGGGAAUGGGAAAUAAGCAGGGAAAUGGAAUGGGAAACGCAAUGGAUAAUGAGAUGCAAGACCUCGGAGGGAUGGAAAAUAGCAUGGGAAACGAGAUAGGUGGUAUGGGAAACGCAAUGGCAGGAAUGAGUAAUGGAAUGACAGGAAUGAGCAAUGGUAUGGGAGGAAUGGGUAAUGGAAUGGGAGGAAUGAGUAAUGGAAUCGGAGGAGUGGGUAAUGGAAUGGGAAUAGGAGGUGCCGGAAUAGCCAUGGGGAUGGGAGGUAUGGGACAUGGCAUGCACAUGGGGGGUAUGCAUAUUGGUGGGCAUGCUGCAGGGACUAUGGGAGGCCAGGAUAUGACUAACACAGAGGUGAGUGAAAUAAAGCAAACACUCAGCGAGACUAGAAACGUCUAUUUUGCGAUAAAAGAGCCCUGCUAAGUUUAAAACUGUGAUGGAAUCGUCAGUUGGUCAAAUAUGCUGAUGCACAGAGCAAGGGGAAGGGGGGGGGGAAGGUGGCUGUCUCUACAGAAAUUUAUAUUUACAAAAAAAUGUAUCAGCAACAAGUGACAGAAGAUAUUUCUGAUGUCGUUAUAUAUAGUCUGUAACGAAAGUACAAUAUUAUAGUUUUAUAAAGGCGUAUUUUUAGGUGACUCUAAAAAAUCGCUGCUUUAAGACAUGGCCUGAACAAUCCUUCCUUUUCCUAAAAUAGCCGAUGGGUUACAAGGAAAAACACCCGCAAAUAAUUCAUCUUUACUUUGUGUCUGUCAUGUGUUUAAAUACCUAAUAAUCUAACGUGUUACUAUCCCAAUAAAGGCUAGUGACAACUAUGAAUGAGGCAUCCAGUUUUUUGGUUUUCUAUCCUGUGUAUUUGGAUAUAUGUCACGUGAAUAUUGCUGUCUUGGGUCAAUUCUGUGCCUAGGCAGUACUUAGUGCCUUUACCCAUUCCUAAAAUACUCCUGGAGAAGAUAUGAAACAAAAUUUCAUCAGGAAGCACUAACCUCAAUCAUUUUUUGUUGUUUUUUUGCAAGGAUAGCAUUAAAACGUUAAUACGUUCGCCAAUUUAACCCUUGUCCAUCCUUACCAUACUUAGCAACAGCAGACAGGAAACAGUUUCAAUGCCUAAAUUUAGUCUUAGAUAAAAAAAAGGGACCGUAAUUUUUGGAAGUCACUUCAGGAAUGCCAAGACAUUUUUUAAAAGAUAGCAAAUAGCCUAACAUGACCCCUUUAAGAUACCAAUCGAGUGACACAAAAAAGUUUGAAGUUCACAUUUAGAUACGUUUUUCACAGUUCCUAAGCAGUGAUUUGUGUGUUUUAUUGUUUAUUAAUCAGGCAGACGAUGCACAGCCGUCUGACUCCCCUGACGAGCAGCCUAUGACAGGUUUCGGCAUGCAACGUCCACUGGCCAUUGCGCCUAUCGUACCUGGACAAACUGUGCAUGCGCACGCUAGUGACAAGCCAAAACGACCAUCUUAUCCGACAUCCGACGUCUCACCAGCAGAUAUGGCAUUGAAGGUUCAACUUAAAGCACAUAGAGAACAUCAGAUAAAACUUAAGGUGAGAUAUAAUGGAACGGCAUUUAAUUUUUUUACGGGUAGCCAACGCGACCGUUGUAGAGUCUGUCGAGUGCCGGCUAUUUCCUGGGCCGAGUUGUUCAAAGCUGGGUUAAGAUUCAGGGAGGAAAAACGUAAUGAGCAUGCGUGAACUUUUUUGCCCAGAUCCCCUGGCCGGAUCUGAAAAAAUGGCGGGAUUUCAAAUAUUUUUUUGCCUAAAAGCAAAAUGUUUUCACUCAUAACCCGGAAAGAACAAGCAAUUUGUCUUCAAACGUUGCAACCUGUGGUUAUAACCUUCUCAUUACUUAAUUUUCUCGAAGAAUACCUCAUAGUAAAACGGACUUUAACGACAUUAAUUUCCUUGCGUUGUAUUUGAAAUGUGCAUGCGUAGGUCCGAUUUUUUUCAAGACGCAUUCACAAAAUGUGUUCAUAUAAGGAUGUUCCUGGAUAUAUAAGGUCCGGAGCUCCACUGUGGACACAGAAACAACAAAAAAAUUAACACUUGCCCACAAUGUGUUUGAAGUCACCUAACUUUGUCGUCGCACUCGAGCUGAUAUUUUAAAACCCACGCUCGACCGGACACUCGUAGCUUCGCAGAUCACUAAAAUAUAAACAAAAUCCUCAAUAUAGAUUAGUUAUUGCGUUGAUAUGUGGGCAGAAAUAGGUCAAUCUUUGUCUUGUAAAAUCUUCCCAAGAAUCGGUUUCAAAGCAACUAUAGUUUUUUAAACUUGAUUGUUUCACGCAGAUAAAUUUUGCUUUGUCGUGUUGUCAAGUUAAACAUGCAUCACACCUGUCAAAAACCUAGCUACGCGUAGGUAAGAUUUCCUUCAAACAAAGUUAAAGUUACAUUGUUGCAAAAACUUUAAGCUCGCAAAGAGAUGAGACAAGCAAAGAACAAUUCCAUCAUGCACAAAAUUCAGCUUAAGUGAACUUUAAAAAAAGCUUCAAUCAUGUUCGAUAAGGUUGCAAAACAACAAAUUAUCUUUAAAAAAACAGAAGGCUAGAGGCUCUUGGCUGACAAUGGCAAUGAAGAAAUGAAUUUUCUGUACGAAAACACCUACCUAAAGAUCUUAAAAGCAAAAUAUCAGUUGCAAGCUUCGCAGCCAAGCUGUGAUUCACCAUUUAGCCAUUUUUAAUAACUGGUCCAUGCGAGGGUCUUCAUUCAAGCAAAUUAAACACACCAAAUCAUUCGAAAGUACAGAAAACUGCACAUAAGGCUUUGUUUUGCAAACAACUGUUUUGAAGUCAUUGCAGGCAGUUGUCGUUCUCUACUUCACAGCGGGUGAAAAGGAAAAUUUGCGUACAGAAAGAAAACAAAACUAUUAAAUAAAAAAUGAAAAAAAAAAUGAAACCUCUGACUAUUAUUACUUGAGCAACAGAAAAAGGAUCGAAUGAAGGUAAAUCAAACUACUAAUAACAGAAUACAAGCGGGUUUUAAUUCAGCCCGGCGAUGGAAGGCGAAGCACUGGACACAAAAUCAACUCACAACUCAAAUGCACAAUUAUCAGAAAAAUACUCUCCUCUUUGAAAAUGUUCAAAAUGUUUAUUCCACCUCAGACUGACGGAAUGAUCCGUUCUUCCUUUAACAUUGGUUGUUCUGAAUACAAAGUAAUUUUCAAGUGACGAAAAACAACAAGAACAACAAAAAAAAGAAUAAAAAGGCUUUACAGACCUCUACAAGGAGCAAACGUUCGCACCUCGUGCAUUUGAUAAACAAAGGACAGUCGACACGGCCAGUCAACACACAGAAAAGCCCGCCGUGAGCCUGCGAUAAGGGAUGCGCAGAAUCUUGCGCAGAACGUUUUUCCUCCCUGAAGGGUUAAGAUAAAACAGGGUUAGUGCGAGGUUUAAAUUCAGAUUUGAAAGCUUAAAAAGCAUUUUAGCUUUCAUUCUUUUUGUUUACAAGUUAAUGAUUGGAAGUUCUAAAAAUAACAGAGAAAAUUAUCCGAGAAAAUGCUUUUGAACAUAAAAAAAAGAAACCAGGUUAAUUUAACUCUGGGUUAAUCACUAAUCGGCCUUUGAACAACUGGGCUGGAUUACAAUGUUAAGGUUUUAACUUUUAAAUUUAAGAGUUUUAAAUUUGUUGAAAGAGGGUUACCUAUUUGUAUAGUUCUAUUUAAACAGGACUUUCAUUUUGAAAGCCUUUUAAUUUUAAAGUGUGACUUCACUCGAACUGCUAAAUCAUUUGUGUUAAGCCUGAGAGUUCCCUGCUAGCAGAAAGGUCUCUCAUCACGGCACGAGAAAAUGACAGACAGAGAGAGAUCUCUGCAGGCCCCACAAUGUGUUAUCUAUCACGCGUGUACAUACAUGUACUGGCGUUUCUUUAACAACCAGCAACAUUUUAGUCACAUGCGAGACAACUUACAGAACCGGCUUGCGCGAUAACAACUGUGGGAUCAGAAAUUUUCAGAUUUCAAAUAUUUUUUUGCCUAAAAGCAAAAUGUUUUCACUCAUAACCCGGAAAGAACAAGCAAUUUGUCUUCAAACGUUGCAACCUGUGGUUAUAACCUUCUCAUUACUUAAUUUUCUCGAAGAAUACCUCAUAGUAAAACGGACUUUAACGACAUUAAUUUCCUUGCGUUGUAUUUGAAAUGUGCAUGCGUAGGUCCGAUUUUUUUCAAGACGCAUUCACAAAAUGUGUUCAUAUAAGGAUGUUCCUGGAUAUAUAAGGUCCGGAGCUCCACUGUGGACACAGAAACAACAAAAAAAUUAACACUUGCCCACAAUGUGUUUGAAGUCACCUAACUUUGUCGUCGCACUCGAGCUGAUAUUUUAAAACCCACGCUCGACCGGACACUCGUAGCUUCGCAGAUCACUAAAAUAUAAACAAAAUCCUCAAUAUAGAUUAGUUAUUGCGUUGAUAUGUGGGCAGAAAUAGGUCAAUCUUUGUCUUGUAAAAUCUUCCCAAGAAUCGGUUUCAAAGCAACUAUAGUUUUUUAAACUUGAUUGUUUCACGCAGAUAAAUUUUGCUUUGUCGUGUUGUCAAGUUAAACAUGCAUCACACCUGUCAAAAACCUAGCUACGCGUAGGUAAGAUUUCCUUCAAACAAAGUUAAAGUUACAUUGUUGCAAAAACUUUAAGCUCGCAAAGAGAUGAGACAAGCAAAGAACAAUUCCAUCAUGCACAAAAUUCAGCUUAAGUGAACUUUAAAAAAAGCUUCAAUCAUGUUCGAUAAGGUUGCAAAACAACAAAUUAUCUUUAAAAAAACAGAAGGCUAGAGGCUCUUGGCUGACAAUGGCAAUGAAGAAAUGAAUUUUCUGUACGAAAACACCUACCUAAAGAUCUUAAAAGCAAAAUAUCAGUUGCAAGCUUCGCAGCCAAGCUGUGAUUCACCAUUUAGCCAUUUUUAAUAACUGGUCCAUGCGAGGGUCUUCAUUCAAGCAAAUUAAACACACCAAAUCAUUCGAAAGUACAGAAAACUGCACAUAAGGCUUUGUUUUGCAAACAACUGUUUUGAAGUCAUUGCAGGCAGUUGUCGUUCUCUACUUCACAGCGGGUGAAAAGGAAAAUUUGCGUACAGAAAGAAAACAAAACUAUUAAAUAAAAAAUGAAAAAAAAAAUGAAACCUCUGACUAUUAUUACUUGAGCAACAGAAAAAGGAUCGAAUGAAGGUAAAUCAAACUACUAAUAACAGAAUACAAGCGGGUUUUAAUUCAGCCCGGCGAUGGAAGGCGAAGCACUGGACACAAAAUCAACUCACAACUCAAAUGCACAAUUAUCAGAAAAAUACUCUCCUCUUUGAAAAUGUUCAAAAUGUUUAUUCCACCUCAGACUGACGGAAUGAUCCGUUCUUCCUUUAACAUUGGUUGUUCUGAAUACAAAGUAAUUUUCAAGUGACGAAAAACAACAAGAACAACAAAAAAAAGAAUAAAAAGGCUUUACAGACCUCUACAAGGAGCAAACGUUCGCACCUCGUGCAUUUGAUAAACAAAGGACAGUCGACACGGCCAGUCAACACACAGAAAAGCCCGCCGUGAGCCUGCGAUAAGGGAUGCGCAGAAUCUUGCGCAGAACGUUUUUCCUCCCUGAAGGGUUAAGAUAAAACAGGGUUAGUGCGAGGUUUAAAUUCAGAUUUGAAAGCUUAAAAAGCAUUUUAGCUUUCAUUCUUUUUGUUUACAAGUUAAUGAUUGGAAGUUCUAAAAAUAACAGAGAAAAUUAUCCGAGAAAAUGCUUUUGAACAUAAAAAAAAGAAACCAGGUUAAUUUAACUCUGGGUUAAUCACUAAUCGGCCUUUGAACAACUGGGCUGGAUUACAAUGUUAAGGUUUUAACUUUUAAAUUUAAGAGUUUUAAAUUUGUUGAAAGAGGGUUACCUAUUUGUAUAGUUCUAUUUAAACAGGACUUUCAUUUUGAAAGCCUUUUAAUUUUAAAGUGUGACUUCACUCGAACUGCUAAAUCAUUUGUGUUAAGCCUGAGAGUUCCCUGCUAGCAGAAAGGUCUCUCAUCACGGCACGAGAAAAUGACAGACAGAGAGAGAUCUCUGCAGGCCCCACAAUGUGUUAUCUAUCACGCGUGUACAUACAUGUACUGGCGUUUCUUUAACAACCAGCAACAUUUUAGUCACAUGCGAGACAACUUACAGAACCGGCUUGCGCGAUAACAACUGUGGGAUCAGAAAUUUUCAGGUUUAGUCUCAACAGGGCACCAGCAACUGUCUACCACAAAUGUGGUCGGUGACUACAUGAAAGAAACACGUCGAAAGCCGGCCGAGGUCUCUCACUUUCCUCUCCUUCUUCUCUGGCCGUGAGAGACCUCUGCUAGCGAGGAAGCCUGAGAGCAAGUUCUCUUUUGUUUUGGAGAGGGGAAUUGGGUCAGAAAAUUUGCAUACAAUGCUGGCAUUUAACCUGAGAAAAAAACAUCCUAUUUCUCCAAAGGAAUUGAAAAUGAAACUUAGAAGGCUUCGAGAAAAAUUGCGGAGAUUAAAAACUGAAUACAAAUAUAGUGAUGAUGAGGAAGAAACGGAAAAAUCAGAAAUGGAGACACUAAAAGACCUGAAGAAAGCCACUGAGCAGGCGAUCAGGGAACUUCAAGUGGAGGCCGCUAAAGCUGACAAAAGAAAAGGUUGGUUCAUUUGAAAAAAACAAAAAAAAACAAAACGAAACAAAAAGACAAAUGAUUUGUUAUCACGCGUUCUUAAUGUUUUGAUUUUUUAAAGACCUCAUCUUUAGACUGAAUUGGUGGCCGAAGUUUUAACUGGUUUUUAGACAAGGAGAGAACAUUUGUGUGAUAAGAUAAACGAUUGGCUUGAUUUUUAGCUUGCUACUGUUUUAUCAUUACAAUAGGGUUACAUAAUUGGUUUACAUUGUAUUCCUUUUUUUGUAAGUCGUGAGAAAAUAUCGGAGACUGCGCGAUAAAAUACCUUUCCUUAGUUAUACGGUUAGAGAUUAUAAUGCAGCAUGCAGAAGCCACCAACAACAAUAAUGAUAAUGACAAUAAAGAUAAUAAUAAUAAUAAAUAACCCAAAUCUUUUAUUGAUAACAAAGCUAACUAUAAAAAAAAUCCUAUUUACAAUUAAUUUCACUAUUCCGUCAAAGCACUAUUUACAUUAUUUCUUUCCUUAAUAAUAAUAAUAAUAAUAAUAAUAAUAAUAAUAAUAAUAAUAAUAACAACAACAAUAAAACUUCAAGUGUCAUUAUCACGAAGGAAAAUCGUUUCCACUAUUAUUUAUUGACACUACCUUAUCACUCACAAAAUAAUAUUGUCCAAUUAAUUAAAGAAGAUAAAAAGAGAUGGUACAAAGAUAAACACUACCUAAUUCUAAUUUAUUUUUAAAAGACCAAUAAAAUGUUAAAGUUUAAAAUAAAUUUUUAUUUUAUCCCUUUUAACGACAGGUGUCAAGAAACUGAUAUUCAUUCAUAAUGUUCCUGAAUCAGGAAAGACAAGUGGCCUGGAGGACCUGGGUACGGACUUGCUGGCCCUUAUUGAGUCAAACAAACCAACCUCCGGACCCGCCUCUAAUGGCCCUACUCGUUCCAGGCCUCUUGCUCUUAAACCGGCUGCUCCAACAACUCAGAAAGCUCAAAAGAAGGAGCCCAUCCAGGACGAUACAAAUUCACUCACAGAACUUGAAAAACAGGCUGAACAGGAAGUGAAUUUUAUGACAAACAUUAAAGACAAAGGUAUUGUGUAACACUCUAAGCUCCCUGUGAAAGGUUUUAAGCUCAUUUCACAAACUCUACUUCUUACGAGGGAGAGAAUGCCAUUUAAGUUCGAAAGGAAAUAUAUUUUUUUAAAACAUUCACUGAAGUUGAAAAGAGGUUAGUUUACUUCUUCCCCGCUUGUUAUUUUUGCUCUCGCAUGGUUACCUAAUAGACCUUGUCACGGUUUUCGACGCCAUCUUGACGAGUAGGCAAACGCGUGAGAAAUUACUGACAGUAUUUGUAUGAGAAUCUAAUGUAGAAUAAUUUCCGUAGAACGGCUGUUCUGAAAAAAAUAUGAAUUGUAAACUAAAGCUUAAUUCCUAAGGAUUCUACUGAAAAUAUUGAGGGCGUUACAUGCGCUAGAAGACCCAGAACCACUUUUUAAAAUUUUCUAUACAUUUAUCUGUAAGAAAGUCCCGGGAAAAAUUACAGACAAAUAUAUGCAAAAUCUAAAGCAAGCCUCUGAAGAAAUUUAAGCACAGGUACGCCCCCCAAAUUUUUAGCACAAUCCUUUGUUUUGUAGCUUUAGUUUACAAGUCAAACUUUUUUUCAGAACAGCCAUUUUACUGAAGUUGUUCUACAUUAGAUUCUCACUGACAAACACUGUAAUUUCUCACGCGUUUGCCUACUUAAUUGUCAAGAUGGCGUCGAAAACCGUGACAAGGUCUAUUAGGCCAUGACCUCAACCAGUUCAGUUUCUCUUUCUCGUGAAUUUUUUGUAGACGUUUAGAAACACAAGCGUCGAUAUGAGGGAUGAAAAGUCUCUUCUGGUGUUCUGAUCGGCUGGGUUUACCAUAUGCUCUAUUUUACAGCUGUUUUUGUAAUACUGAUUAUCAUCUGUACUCUAAUCAUAGUCAUAACCAUACCCAUCACGAUGCUACUUGUUCCAGAGAAUCACCGCUAUACACAAUUUUGAAGGGCAUGUACAUGUAUGCCCGUACUAACACCUGAUUUUUCCAUUUCUAUCGCCAUUGCAUUUUUCUCUACUAAUGGCACUGCCGUAACCGAAACCAUUAUCAUAAUCGCACCAUGACAACUUAAGCCAAUACCUUUCCCAUGAUAUGCACAUUGCCAUUUCUUUGUAUGUAUUAUCAGCGAACUGUUUCUAUUGUGAUUGCCAUUAUCUUUACAAUCACCAGUGACACUAAUUCAAACGUAUUGGCGUUAGCAUUAACAUUAGUUGGAAUAAUGCAUAUGCAAUGCCAAUACCAUGGCUAAUAUACACUUAAUGUCCGAUCCCGAGGGAAACAGUUAGUUUUGUCUUCCCGAGAGUCCUGAUGUUUCCCGAGACGAUGUCGAGGGAAACACCAGGACUCGAGGGAAAACAAAACUAACUGGUUUCCCAAGGGAUCUGACAUUAAGUGUUUUGUUAUAUUUCUAGACUUGACUUCAACAGCAACAAACGAAUAACCGAAGCGAACCAAAACAGUCGACUCGGUGCUUAUAACAACACAAAUUUAAUUCUUAAAACCACUGAAUGAAUCAUUUACAAAGUACUUUCCUUAUAUUAUCUGUAUCUUUUUCCUCCACUAGCUGCUGUUUCUCUUCUGGGAUGACUUUAAAAAUUGUUGCUUUUUAGCUUGAGGCUUCGUGUUUGUGUUCAAGUUGUUGUGUGCAUUCACGAAAAAGAAACCUGGCAAUGUUUUUUCCCGCCUUCAGUCACACCACGUUCCACCAUGCUUUGAUCACGUGCUGUAAUGUAGCCCGAGCGGGGUACAUUAUACACUUAAUGUCAGAUCCCGAGGGAAACAGUUAGUUUUGUUUCGUCCCGGGAAACAUCAGGACUCGAGGGAAAACAAAACUAACUGGUUUCCCGAGGGACCUGACAUUAAGUGUUUUGUUAUAUUUGUAGACUUUCACUUCAACGUACUUCAACAGCAGCAAAAGAUACGCAUAAGGGGAGCGAAUCAAAACAGUACGACUCGGUGCUUAUAAGAACACAAAUUUAAUUCUCAAAACCACUGAAUGAAUGAAUGAUUUAAAAAGUACUUUCCUUAUAUUAUCUGCAUCUUUUUCCUCCACUAGCUGCUGCUUCUCUUCUGGGAUAACUUUGAAAAUCAUUGCUUUUUAGCUUGAGGCUUCAUGUUUGUGUUCGGUUGUGAAUAUUGUUGUGUUCAUUCACGAAAAAGAAAACUGGUAGUGUUUUUCCCGCCUUCUGUCACGCCACUUUUCACCAUGCUUUGAUCACGUGCUGUAAUGUAUCCCGAGCGGGGUACAUUGCUUGAUGUAUCACGAUCGGGUUACAUUUGAUUUUAGUCAAGGCCACGUGACCAAGAAUCAGCCAAUGGCUGUCCCUGUUUAGUUGAGUGAAAGUCUAUAAAUAUAACAAUCCUUAAUGUAUCACGAUCGGGAUACAUUUGAUUUUAGUCAACGCCACGUGACCAAGAAUCAAAAUGAUGGCAGUCCCUAUUUAGUUGACUGAAAGUCUAGGAAUAUAACAAUACCAUUUACUUAGCAUUCGCAUUCCCAUCGACAUUACCGCUGGUAUUAUUAUUGUCAUCGUCAGUAACAGCAAUUCAUAAGCAUUCUAACCACUAAUGUGGUUCCCGUUACUCUCACCAUUCCUAUUAGCAUUACUAUUAAUUUUAGUAUAAACAUUACCAAUACCAUCCCCAUUUUCAUCAACUUCGCUUUUUUUCUUGCUGGAAGUCUCACCAAAUACACUGAAACCAGGAUAAGAUAUAGAAAUUCCAGGUAAAUACAUAAAGCCCUUGGUCAUUAUAAUAUUAGCUGUACAGACCUUAGUACUAUUGUUAUGACCAAGGAGUCCGCAAAGGUGCUAUUUUUUUAAAUUUCAAUUCCACAGCUAAACAGAAUAGGCUGAAUCCAGGACUAAAAAUUAAGAUUCCAGGUAAGUAGUAUAGCAUUAGUGUAUCCUUGAUCUUGCCUGUAUCUUCUGUCGCGGAAUCAUUAUCAAUUAAUGAAGUUUGACGUUCCCACGUGAGAAGGAUUUGGAAAACACGUGAAAAAAAUAAAGAAAUAAAUCCUCAGGACAGGGGAAAUGAGCUGUAAGCUCCCGGGACGACGGCCUAAUAAUCACUAGAUAACGAUCCCGCGAAGUAAUCAAAAGCUUAUGCUUCACGAGGAGGUGACCAGUUCUUGUUCAAUGCAGUUUAUAGGUUGUGUCACAGGGAGUGCGACAAACAAGAGAAAAUAACCUUGUAGUGGAUUCAAGUUUACAGACCUACUUUGGGUCCCGAUGUUCUGAUUAUCUCUAAACGCAACCUUUACAAAAUUUCGUUCUUUCUCAAUCAACUGUCACUUAAUUUGCAGAACCGGUAGAAGUAUCUCCAAAUCAAAGUACAAGUAAGUAAAACGUUUUUAGGCAUAAUGUUAAAUCAGUUAAGCAACCUGGUAUACUUAUUUUCAAAGAAAGGUUAAAAUUAAGAAAAAGCUACAGUUGUAUAAAGGUAGGGUUCUCGCCACAAAACAAAUCAAGUUAGUUUAUCAACUUAACUGAAUUUCAAUAAAUUUUUUAACAAAAUAAAACAUCAUGAAUCUUUUGAUGCAAAAAAUUACGCUGACAAAAAUGCUUGCUGUUCCGAAAACUGAGUUUCCCCGCCGAAAUUUUGCUAAAUGAGCAACAAAACUGAAACGGACAAGACUGUCACGGUUUAUUCAUUAAAAGAAAUAAUUCACAGCCCCCACUUUAUUGACUCUACUUAGCCUUUUCUCUUCCCCUCGUCGAACAUAUUCGCCGGAAGAAAUACGUUGCCAUGGUACAUGUUGCGUUUUCUUUAGAUUAAAAAUAACAAGAAUAGUUAGUUCAGGAUCUUUGUAAUAGUAAAUCGUGUUGGCAGGGAGAAGGAAAAGUGUGCUAUACAGCAACACGAUAUAUACUACUUUCCAUACGGGUGGAAAAGAAUUCAUCAAGACUGACUGACUGCUAAUCUUAUUACUGAAGGUUCCAAAGCAGACAUCCGCAUGCAUGUGUUUGGGGCACAAAUUGCCCCACGAAGGAAUGGAUAUCGCAUGAGUCCAAGUAGGCAUCAGAAAAUUAUCUAAUCAAGAAAACCUAAUGAUAAAAAGGGAUUUGAGAAAGCUUAUAAGAUCGACGCUCUUUUUUGCCGAAUAGUUUUUUUUUUAUAUUUAAGCUGGACCAAGCAAGAGCUAAUUAAAAUAACGUGACAUUUUCAUAUCUUUCGACUUAAACGUUCGUCGUGAGGAGAAUUGACAACAAAAAGGAAAAGGAAUAAUAUCCCAUGAAAAAGUUAUAAUUGUUGUGUGCUCAUUUUCUAAAAAUGUAGCUGGAAUUAUUCCGUGCUGGAAAGAGACAACUUUCCCUUUUGUUAAGUAUAACAGAGUCAGUAAGGACCAAAAUUACAGCCACUUGCUGUUGCCGUCUGCCAUCAGUCUGGAUUUCUGUCAUCGGAAAGUGCGAACACACUCACAAAACCAUUUUAUUAUAACAUUAUAUCGAAACACGCAAUCCCUAACACGUGCAACAACGGUAUAUAAACAAACCAAUUUUCACUGAAGUACUUUUGAGAACGUGAAAACCAACUUCUUCACGUUCAGAAAACAGCAACGACAAACGGCAAAAGUGAAAAAUGGCGGGAAAAUAUAUCGCUUGGUUUUCUGUGCCUGUUGAUCAGUUGUUAACGUAGUUAGCUCAAUCUAAUCAGCCCGCGUCCACUACCUCUAAAUCUCCACAUGUUAAAGAUGUGUUUUAAUUUCCUUGCAGCUCCACACUUGAGUGUACCUUUAAGACCAAAAGUAAUAAAAACACCAGGAGGCCAGCGCCUACUUAAUCCACUUCAGCUGAACAACUUGGCACAAAUAUUACCAGGUAUAUCUAACUUAUAUCGCGCGUUACAAGAAAGGUAAUUAGAGCACUUAAGUGUCCUAAGGUUUGCUUCCAACUUUAUUUUUGUUACCUUAGUUGCUAAAUCCUGGUUUGACAGCAAAUUUCUUCAAUUUGAAGUUGUCGUAGCAGACUUUUUUCGGUAACGAAAGUUUUAACCAUCAAGAGCAAAAUGUUGUACUUCAAAACUUGCGGCAUCGCCUAUUUACGCCAAUUUCAAAGGCGCAUGAUUGAUUAGUUAAAAUUUAUCAGAUUUAACCAAUUAGCAGUAGGGCUGAUAAUACAUAAUCGGGCCCCAAAAAGUGUUGAAUUUAAGAGUCUUGUUCUCUUAAUCGAUGCAAUGAUGUAAUGGGAAACGGGAAUUUCCUAUUUCCGGUGCUCGUUCGCUGUUGCCGGUUUCCCUUUCAUAAACGGUCGUUUCUAUUUUUAACGGUCGAUGGAACAAAGCCUUUAUAGGCAUGAACUCAUAAUAGAUGUAAUAUAUCCCCUGGAUUAAUGAGCAAUUAAUGAAUGAGGCUGAGUAGGAUAUGAAGAAUUAAGCAGAUCGAGGAGGGUGUUAUCUACGGAGGCCGAAGGCCGUGGUGGAUAACACCCUCCUCGAUCUGCUUAAUUCUUCAUAUCCUACGAAAGCCGAAUUCAUUAAUUGCUUUAUUAUUCAUUCAAAAUAAUUCCUAGUUUAAAAAUAUAGCUGAAACAUGCUUACCUGCAUCGAUGUUAAAUUCAUCUUCGAUACUGUACGGCUAGGUUUGUCCAGCUCCGCAAAUAUUGCCAAAUAGCAGAUGUCGCCCUCCGAGUUUUCUUCUUGCUGUUUUUGCUAUGUUUUUAGUUAUUAUUUCGCCUAGUUCCAAUUGUAGUUCUUACUCUUGAAACGAGUGAAAUGUCCGCCAUUUUUUUCACAACUAAAACAACUCAGCCUCGUCCCCAGGUCUCCUCGGUUAACGGUGCCUUAACCUGUAGAGGGCUGCAUUUUUGACGUCAUUUCCGUGUUAAACACAAAAUUCUUCCAAAUUUGGUCAUCAGUAACUGGUUAUGGUGAAUUAUGCGUGUGCUUUUAGCCAAUCAAAAUUGGGGAAAUAUUUCGAAUGAAUAAUGACUUACAAUAAGGCACUGGAUAAUACAUUUGUGACUGGUCUUAGUAAGAAAGCAGGACGUUGAAGCCCAAGUUGAAUUUACGUUAAAAGUUUUGGAAAGGGCUAGUAGGGUCGCCUGCUACUGAUGUGUCAGUAAGAAAAAACGUUUGCUAGUUUAUAUACUUACAUUUUUCCCAAAUUUAAGCGGCUCGGUAUGGUAGUGUAGUGGUAAGGGAGAGAAAUUACGAUACGAAAGGUCCGGGUUCGAUCAUUGGUUGCGAUCUGUUUGUUAAAAAUGGCAGCGACCGUUUACGAAAGGUAAAUUUGCUUCGCAGUUCUCCGUUUACCCGGAAAAACGUUUUGAUCAAAAGGUUAAAAUAAAUAGAGAAGGAAAUAAAAAACACAGGCUAAAAAACCUAACUAAAGGUUGAUCAAGCGCUUCGAAGUUUGUAUUACUGAGAAGUUACUGAUAUCACAUUUAUAAGCAAGUAAUUUCAAACUGAGAAAAUGCUUAAAAAAGUUCCAUUAAAGAAGUUGACCAAUGAUAUCCCAGUGAGGUCCAAUAAACCGAUGCAAAAUGAUGGCUAUCCGGCUAAAAAACUAAGGUCAACAAAUUAAAAUAAACAAUAGUUUUAAGAAUACUGUUUUUUUUUAGAUAAAUUCCAUACCCAGGGUGAUCUUCUUUUUGUCUUGGAAUUGAUAAAAGGAAUUUUCUAUUAUAUUUCAGCGCCUGUGGAUAAUUCAAGAGAUAGGAAAUUCCAUCCCUCUCGACCACUCAGUAAGAGAAUACUUUCCCUUUAUACCUAUACACGUUAAAACAUUCUCGUGGCACUUGGUUUUUGGGGGUUUGAAAAAGUAUAAAGAAAUCCGACCACCCCCGCUCUACCCCCCUCCCCCCCCCCCACCAAAAAAAAGGUACGCUGUAAUUAUACAGUUGUCUGAAAAUAAGGAUUUGGUCACAAUACAGAGAGCGAAUCCGACCGCAAACUGCAGCAGUUAACUAGGACACAAGGACGGCAUUUUAUUUUCGGUUGUAACUCCUCAUGGCAAAAAUUAAAUACUGCUAAAAAAACAAGAAAUUAUGUCCCAAACAUAAUUACAUUUUUGCGUCGGGAUACCUGUUGUUAUCAGGCACUGGCUGCGUGAACUGGGUACUAGGGAACAUGUGAUCGAGGAUUGCUUUAUAGUACGUUGCGCAAAUACGAGGGCCCCUUUCUACCUCUACACCAUCGUGUGGCAAGUUAUCUGUUCAAAUUUUUCAGGCAAGUUCUUUUGCGUUUUUCUUUUUUGUCUGCAUGGAACAGCCGAGGGUUCUGAUUUUGGGUCACUCCUUUAUACGUAGGCUCCGGGAUUUUAUUAUUAGGAAUAGUCCCACAUAUAACCUUAAUUUAAACAUUAAAACCCCGGUUACAAUUCAUUGGCAUGGCGUUGGGGGUCGAACAAUCGAUAAGGUUAGGCGGUUUGAUUUAACCGAAGUAGCACGUUUUAAACCUGAUGUUGUAAUUUUACAAAUCGGUACUAACGACCUCACACGCCGUCGGUCCUCUCCAGCAUCUGUUGGCUCUGCCAUCGAGGAUUUGGUCUGUUUACUUCAUAAUGAGUACGGGGUUCGCUUAGUUUGUGUCGGUCAAACCGUUAAAAGGCACCCGGUUGGGGCGUUCAAUGCAAACGUACAAAUCCUGGCGCAGUACCUUCAAGGGGUCUUAGAACCGCUCCCCUUUGCCAUAUAUUGGACGCAUCGGGGAUUUUGGCGGGCUUCCCGUUCAUACUUGUNUUUAGUUCUCUCUCGGAAGGCGCUUAUUUCUUCCCCACCUUUUCCGAAGAGACAUUCAAUUACUUAAUUUUUUCCAUGUCACGUCACGCUCUGAUUAGUUUGUUAACCGUGGCGUGACUUUUUACUGUUAUAUUAAUAAAUACGUCACAAUAGUGGCCAAUUUUAUCCAACCAUACGAGUACAUUGUCUCUUCGUAAAACUAGUGCGACCCGGAGCUAAUUACCCCUCGACUACCUAAGUUUGCCAGAUUAGUAAAUCCCCAAUAUAUAACUUUCGGAAAGGUAUCGUGAUGUAAAAAUAUCUUUAUGUCGAAGCACAAAGGAAGCUCCAACUUAUAAUGUUAUUGGAGAAACUUUCAAUCAAAAGGAUGUUCUGGAACGAAGCAGCUCUGGGACAGUUCAGAUUAAAGCUAUAGCCCUACAUGGUAAUUGUAGCUAAGAAGGGACCUAGAAUCGUAACAAAGGCUUGUUUAUCUCUGACAGAUGGAUCAAGAAGAAUUUUUCACCCUCCAGGUCAGUAUCGAGCAAAAUUUUCAACACUUUUAACUUGCAAUAAGAUAUAGUUAUUCUGUAGUAUUUUGUGUGACAAAUGUCUGUGAAAUAAUGGAAUAAUGGGCAUCACCAGGGUUGUAUUUUUUUAUGAGUAUGGAAACUGGGUUAUAAAACAUUAAACGAAGUCAGUUUAAGGGCUAUUUCUAUUGGUAAACGUUAAGGCGCACAUUGGCAGAAAGGUCCACUCGACGGAGCUGAACCCGAAUUCUUUAAGAUAAAACACCCAAGAAUAUUACCACACUCUCUGGAUGGGAUGCGAUGACAUGGCAGGGUAACCCUCAGCGGUGUUCGCUGUACUGCAGGUGAAGGGCGAAUAUGUCAAGCAAAGUUUCAAAUGUGGGGAAAUAACACAACGUUAGUACUUGAGUUCUGGGUGUGAACUGCUCGACCACCUUUAAUUUCUGUUAGUUUAGGGUCAAAUUUGACGAGCUACGUGUAAAGUUAAAUUUAUCCUCAAACUAACAUCUUUUCUAAAGAUCAAAAGUAUAUAUGCUUUCGGUGUGGUUGUUGAGGCACAGCCUUUGAUAUCUAAGUAAACGAUUUUUCAGGUACUUGUAGCAGUGUAUCGUUAUCUGAAAGCAGGAGGAAAAAGUGUGUCCGCCAUGUAUAUUUCUUUAAAGUGCAAUUUACUCGUAAGCUAAUCCAGAAAAAAGCUUCCACUGUAAAAAUCCCAAAAUGGGUGAACUUUGCAAAAAUUUUCAGAUAUACUCAGUAUUUUGUCGUAAAACAGUCGAACAACCGAUUACUUAAAGCUUUUAGUCAAAAUAAAGCUGAGCAUCUUUUUUUCUUGCCAGGUUAUUUUAGUAUCGGUUGCUGGAGAGACCAGCCUGAGAGGGCUUUACCAAGCCUGGAGGGAAUAUUUCCAAUGUUGGAUGGAAACGAUUACAAAGCCCGAAAACUUCCGAUAAAGAAAUGCGCCACAAUAGCCAGAGUUCAAGGAUUUCCAGCCUUUGCCUUAGAAAAUGGUGGUCAAUGUUUAGGUGGGAAGGAUAUUCUACAGACAUACAACAUGUAUGGGGCCUCUAGCGCGUGUCAGGCGGAUGGACGAGGAGGUCCCUGGAGUAUGGAGGUUUAUAAGUUCACAAGUAAGUUGUUUGUUAUGUGUGGACAGGAUAAAGCGAAUCCUGUGUUCUGAUUGGCUACCCGAACGGACAGAAUGGCUGUACCUUGCCCGCUAGGGAUUUCCGGCAUUGACCCCUAAGAAAAAGAAGUCUUUUUUAUCAUAUAAUCAUCUUUUAUUGGCCAAGCUUGUUCUGUCAAGAUGACUGGAUAUUCAGGAUCGUUUUUUUUUUUUUUUAGCAUUGUUAUUGACGGACGGAGACGGUCAGCAUCUAGCAAUCUUGAUUUUGAUUGAUCUUGUAUUGUGUAUGACGUGGCUCCAAAAUGCACAUUAUUUGAGUGUCAACGUAUUUAGCACGAAAUUACUAAUUGGGGACACUAUUUUUACCUCUCCUACCGGAGACGGAACCGCCAUUUUUCGUGGUCAUCCGAGCCACGGAAGGACUAGCCGCUUGCAGUGCAAAGGGAGUACCUUCAUUUCUCAGUUAUUUUAAGACCCUGAGUAUGGGUCUGGCCCCGGGAAUCGAAACCGCGACUUCAUGAGGGAUUGACUUAAUUUCGAACCUGCGGUAAAAUCACAAAGAAACGAGUGAUAAGUUAACAACCGACCGGGGGUUACAUUGUGGUCUGGAGAAUCGUGCUCUUUUUAUCUUUAAAUUGGGAAGGGCGGCAAUCCCGACGAGUUACGUUUGAAACCAUUGCCUCUUUAAUUACUGCUUAUAGUCAAAUUUAUGGUAUAAAGGUUCAUUUUCAUUUUGGCAUCAACUCAGUGAAAAUAACUUUGUUUUUCAUAUUUGUUUCCAGAACAUACACCAUCCCGUCGAGGUGGAAUUCCUCGCUUGAAAAUCGUAAACUCUCCACUGGGUAGAAAACAUUAA